AUGGAUACCGACGUCGACCACAUCGACAUCGAUGAUGAUGUUGGUGACGACGAUGCUGGUAUAUUCAGCAUCGCCAAUGACUGCCACAGUGAGGACGAUGACACCCUCACUGGUGAAGACAACGCUCUUUCAGCAGUGCACACGAAGCACACUGCUGUUGACAAGGAAUGA